UUCUUGUUCUUGUUCUUGUUCUUCUUUAGUAAGAGGAUGAUCCGAUUGAUUAGCUCUCGUAAAUAGGGGAAUGUUACUUUACAAACACUGUUUUUGUGUUAUUCAAAUUUCCAGACAAUGAAACAAAGGAAGCCUUUGUCUUGUUGGCACAUAUAUAACAUUAGGUGACGUCACCGAUAUCUUCAAUAACUUUCCAUACGAAAUACACACACGUAAAUCUAUAAAUGUAUGGAUAAAUUUGACUGACUCGGCAAGCCAAUCUUUUUAAACAAUUCAUUCAUCGUGCGUAACGCUCUGGGACAAAACGAGAAUUUUAUCACUCUAUAUAUGGGUCAUAUAUCCGAAAACAAAACAUCGUUCAGGCUACCAGGCACGUACUUGCCUGUUGCUGUCACGCAGUGUCACGCGACUAACUCCCAGAGUUCGGUGGUUUAUGAUAAGGCAUGUCCUUACACAUAGCUACACGUGAAAACCAAGCAAUGGACAAGACGGUCAUGACUCGUUCCUUGUUUCAGGUUUUCCAGCCGUAUACUGAAAUAAUUCACAGUGCAGAAAUCCCUGUAAAGACGAGCAUCAUAACACUUACUCUGUAUGGCUUCAAGGCAUUCCUACAGCAACUGGUGUUUGACUGCCCGCGACAUUACCACGUCCUUUACGGCAGCCUGUUCAUUUGUGGUCCUGCCGUCAUCCUGUUCUGUCUUUCCAUGCUGAUAUCAGAGUCAUUUUGGACUCUCGUCACUGGCUGCUGCCGCCUUCAAUCCAGAAAGCGGACGCUUGUGUGGUGGAAAUCGAGUAAAAGUGUUUAUCUAUCUCUACUUCCACCGUGUAUUUGGCUCGUUUUCGCUUUUAUGGAGGGAGAUUUCUACGUGUGUUUAACCCUCGGUCCGAUUGAGGCCGCACUUAAAAACGUCGAUGAUUCAAGCUCCAAAGAAAAGAUUGAAGAGAAGUUCGCUCAAGCUAAAAGCAUUUCAGUCAUAAUAUCAUGGGUGAUGUUGAUAUCACUGACCGUGAUCGUGACAGUGUGUGUCACGCUGAGCAGAAUCCUCGCGCAAGUCGACCCUAAACUUCAGGGAGAGAUCGAAUUUGACGAGAUUGAGGCACAAGAGGCGGUGAAACUAUGGAAUGGUCGCUUACAAACCCUAGCAAAAACGCAGGCUUUUGAAGUCAUAGAAGAAGUGUCUGAAACUUUCAAAGAUGACAAAGAUGACGUUUCGGAACAAAUACGUCGGGGCGCGGCCUACUUGAAGAAAUUGUAUCCAAGAUACGGAGGGGUGAUUAGCGGUCACUUCCGUAACGACUCCUGGAGACCAAGGGAUGAGCAUAUGAGAGACAUUCUUGAUAGGAGAUCGCCAUCGAGGGAGCUGUUGAUAAACGACAAGAAAGUGAUGAGAGGAUAUGGCUUACGUCACACAACCAGCAUAUGAUGAGGUCAUGCAAUCUAUGCGGUGCCCUUGUAUUUAGCCUCCGAGCAGGCUCCCAGCGAGGGCAGAAAAAAAUUUGGCGAGCGAAACCAGCGAACGAGCGCGAAACUGAAGAACGAAUUCGCAAGCUACUUUGUAUUAUGCGUGCUGUUUCACUUGGGUAGUCUGAUCAUGACAUUACGGGAGUUAAAAGGCUAACAUUGUUCUUAAGUUUUCAUCCGUAUUGGUGUUAUCACCUAACUUGUAGCCUGUUCCAGGCUCUCCGUCAGUGGGGAUGAUCGAAAAAGCGGGCGGGCGACGAAGGGGAUCAGCGACGAGCGGGACCAGGGAGUGAAAAAGAGAGGGCUUUAUUCCUCUACCAAACUCUGCUCGUCGCCCGCCCGCUUUUUCGAUCAUCCCCACUGACCGAGGGCCUGGAACAGACUACCUAACCUGAUGUUGUUUAAUCGGAACUUUUUGUGGAGGGAAGUGUUUAUUUAUCUCACUCAACUAACGCAACUCAGCUAAUGGAUGAUAUCUGAUGGAAUCGGGAGUCAAUUAUCAUGAUUGGAGUUGUGAAGUCAUGACAUCACAAAAACAAAAUGAAUUUUUGCUUUUAAUGGUCUUUAAUCUUUCAGUUUCAACCAGUGCAAAAGUAAUCCCAAAGAUUUUUUUAACGUUUGCUCUGGCUUGCAAUGUACUUUUUUUGCAAAGGCUGUAUUGGAGAUUUUAGACAGAAAUAAAACAGAUUUACAAUUAA